AUGAAUGCAGCCUAUGAUAACUGCAUUUAUCUUCCAUGCGAGAACCACACCUGUGCCAAAGCAAAUAGCACCUGUCAUCGUGUAAGUACCUUUGGGUCGACGACUGAAUGCAGAUGUAACAACGGUUUUGUUGAGAGUGGAAAUAAAUGUAUUAUAGAUAAAAAUCCAUGUGAAAUAAACCCUUGUGGGGCAAAUGAGAAAUGUAUACCGAAUCAGGAGGGAGGACGUCUUUGUGUAGAAAAAGAGGAAAAGGUGGCAAGUAACACAGGCGUUAAUUUAUUUGCUGCAGUUUUUACACCGGUCGCUGUGAUUGUAAUUGCUGUAUUCCUCAUUGUUUGCUUAAGAAGACGUCACAGGAGGCAAAUGACUUUUAUAGAAAAGGAAUUUGAAUGUGCUAUGGUUGCUAUGAAUUUAGAUAGAACCAUCGAUGUAAGAUCUGUUGACCCGGAGAUUUUGAGAACCGAGGCGGACGGAAGAGUGAUGAAUUUGAUUUACGUUUCCCAAGACAACAUUUACGAGAUUCCAGAAUGUAUAUUGGAGCCGAUUAGUCGAUAUGAACUUCCUCCCGAUUCUGUGCGAUUUCACAAAAUGAUUGGCAAAGGAGCGUUUGGAAGAGUAUACGCUGGUGAAGCCAAUGGAAUUAACGGCAAUCCUGAAGUGACAGAAGUUGCGAUAAAAACACUAAAAGAAUCUGCCAAUGAAGAAGACCUCAGCAAUUUUUUACGGGAAAUCGAUUUAAUGAAAGACCUUGGAGGACAUGAAAAUGUCAUUAAUAUGUACGGUUGCUGCACAAAGUGUCGUCCAAUAUGCCUAGUGUUGGAAUACGCGCCAGGUGGAAAUUUGCUUAAUCAUCUGAGAGCUCUUAAAAAGAAGUGUAACGAUAUCGUAGCUGCGCGCACAGACAAUGUGACAAACUCCAAGGGAUACUUCCAGAAUGCCAGAAAGCUCGGUAAAAACCCAGAAGACUCGGAAUCUUCUCUACUUCUAAGAAAAAGCCACGAAAAACAAGAGGAAGACGAAAGAAUAAAGCAAGAUGAAUAUACAAAUGCAGAGAUCUCGAUCAGAGUAAAAGAGGAAAUCCGAGCUGCUUUGGAUUCAAAAGAACUGGAAUCAUUUUCACAUCAAAUUGCUGUCGGAAUGAAGCAUAUCUCGGACCAUGGCAUCGUUCAUCGUGACUUGGCCGCAAGGAAUAUACUACUUGGGAAAAACAAAACUUUGAAAAUAUCAGAUUUUGGUUUGUCACGUGAAGGAGCAUACGUGCAAAAAUCUAUCGGGAAAAUUCCUUUCCGGUGGUUGGCAAUUGAAGCGAUACAAGAACGAAGUUAUUCUACCGCCAGUGACGUAUGGGCGUUUGGAGUUGUUUUGUGGGAAAUAUGUACAUUGGGGAACAUGCCUUACUCAGCGGUCUCGGAUCGGGACCUUGAGAAAUUCUUAGUAAGUGGAAAGAGAUUGGAGAAGGUGGAAAACUGUACGGAUGAUAUAUAUCAGAUAAUGUCAAAAUGCUGGAGUCAUCUACCAAAAGACAGACCAACAUUUAAAGAGCUGUCCAAUACAUUGGGAGAACUUCGAAAUACUGGGCGUAUUUACGUCAAUUUAGACAGUCUAAUGGAACAGUCCAUUAAAAAGGAAGAUCAAGAGAAUUCUGAAGAAAUAGACAAGGACAGAAGCAGCGAUGAUGAAAGUUGCGAUAAAGCUGAGUGA